AUGGAUUUCCAGAGCUGGUGUGCCUUCUCCCUGGUGAUACUGCUUUGCUAUGCUCUUCAGACAUGUGCUAUUCAACUGCCUACAUCUCGCAACUGCACCAGCAGUGGCCAAAAAAUAUCCUUCAGCCACUCGUACAAGAUUGACGUGCCUGCAUCCUCCCAGAUCAGAGUGGAGGCAGAUCCAUUACAGCACGAAGAUAGUGACGUGCAGCUGGAUCCUGGGGAGGCCGAGGAAAAUGAAGAGCAGAAUAUCAUCAUUAGGCAUAAUAUCCGCUUGCACAGCCCCACAGGGAACUGUGAAACUUUGGACCACAUUAAGGGCCUGCUUGAGAGGAUGGAAAAGUUGGAGAAAGAAGUGGCAGAGCUGAGAGAACUCUGCAGCCCUCAGACAUGCUGUGGGGGAAGCCAAGGUGUCUCACAUUGCAGCAACCAUGGGACAUUCCUCUAUGAGACUUGCAGCUGCAAAUGUGCUGAGGGCUGGGAAGGCAGUGACUGCUCCCACCCCACCUGCCCUAAGCACUGCAGUGGCCACGGGCGCUGUGAUGGUGGAAGAUGCAUCUGUGAUGAGCCUUACUUUGGUGAGGACUGCAGCCAGCAGCUCUGUCCUGAGAACUGCAGCGGCAAUGGGAUCUGUGACACAGCCCAAGGGAUCUGCCAGUGCUAUGAGGAGUUCAUUGGAGAGGACUGCAGUGAGAAACGGUGUCCUGGGGACUGCAGUGGCAAUGGGUUCUGUGACACAGGAGAGUGCUACUGCCAUGAUGGCUUCUUUGGCCUUGACUGCUCCCAAGUGCUUGCUCCUCAGAACCUGCAGCUGCUGAACUCCACUGAAGACUCUUUGGCAGUCAGCUGGGAUCAGAUGAUUGAUGUGGAUAACUAUCUCAUUAGCUAUUAUCCUCUGGGGUAUGAGACCUUGGUGAAACAAGUCCAAGUGCCCAAAGAACAAUUCAGCUAUGAGAUUGUGGGUCUCCGUCCCAGCACCGUGUACAAUGUCACUCUUCGUCAUGUAAAGAAGGGAAUUGCCAGUGAGCCUGAGCUUCUAGAAGCAAGUACAGUCCUGGCCACACUCAGUGACAUAUGGGUCACGGAGGAGAUGGAGAACUCCCUGGAAGUAGAGUGGGAGAACCCCUCUGCAGAUGUGGAUUAUUACAAACUGAAAUUCAGAUCCCUGGUGGAGAUGGAUGAGAAGCAGGUCGUGGUGCCCAAAAGCAGUGACCCCAAGAGCAGGCACAUCAUCACUGGCCUGAAACCUGGCACUGAGUACAAGAUUACUAUCAUACCUGUGAAAGAUGAUACAGAGGGAAAACCAUCCUCAGUGAGUGGCAGGACUGGAAUUGAUAGCCCAACCAAUCUGAUGACUGUCCAAGUGACAGAGGCUACAGCCACUCUCUCCUGGGAUAAAGUUCAGGCUCCCAUAGACAGAUACAUGGUGAGAUACACCUCAGUCGAUGGGGACAUCAAGGAAAUAGAAGUCGGGUAUGAAAACAACAACUUCACCUUACUGGGUCUGAAACCAGGCACAGAAUAUGUCAUCCACAUCUGGGCAGAGAAGGGAUCUCAGUGGAGCAAGAAGAUGACCACCAGAGCUGUGACAGAAAUUGACAGUCCAACUAAGCUGUUAAUUGACCAAGUGACAGAGGAUGCAGUUACUGUUUCCUGGAACAAAGUCCAAGCUCCAAUUGACAGAUACAGAGUGAACUACUCCUCAGCUGAUGGGGCUAAUGAGGAGACAGAGGUGGAGAAGGACAGGAAUGUCACUACCUUGGCAGGACUGAAACCAGGCAUGGAAUAUAUUAUUCACAUUUGGGCAGAAAAAGGAGAGCAACAGAGCAAGAAGGCCAGCACUGAGGCUAUGACAGAAAUCGACAGGCCGGCUCAUCUGGUCACUAAUGAAGUGACAGAAGACACAGCCACCAUCUCCUGGGACAGGGUCCAGGCUGUCCUAGAUAGGUACAUGGUAAACUACACCUCUGCUGAUGGUGACACAGAGGAGAUAGAAGUGGAGAAGGACAAAACUGCCACUACCCUGACGGGCCUGAAACCUGGCACUGAAUAUGUCAUCUACCUUUGGGCAGAGAGAGGAGCCCGGCAGAGCAAGAGGAUAAGCACUGAGGCAGUGACGGGGAUGGAUAGCCCAAAGAACCUGAUGACUGACCGAGUGACAGAGGAUACAGCUACCAUCUCCUGGGAUAGCAUCCAAGCUCCUAUAGACAGGUAUAUGGUGAGCUACACUUCUGCUGAUGGGGACACCAAGGAAGUAGAAGUGGGGAAGGGAGAGAGCAUCACUACACUGACAGGACUGAAGCCAGGCAUGAAGUAUGUCAUCUACGUCUGGGCAGAGCUGGGAAGUAAGGAGAGCAAGAAGGCGAGCACUGACAUACUGACAGAGAUUGAUCCUCCCAAAAACCUCCGUGUAUCGGAUGUGACUCAGUCUGCUGGUGUAGUUACUUGGACUCCUCCAGCAGCACAGAUUGAUGGCUAUACUUUGACUUACCAGGGCCUAGGUGGCAGCAACAAGGAAGUGCAGCUGGGACCUAGCGACCAAAGGUUUGUGCUGGAAGGACUGGAGCAAGGAGUGAGGUAUACCAUCUCUGUGGUGGCCUAUAAGGGAGAUCGCCAGAGCAGAAAGGCAGGCAAUGUCUUCUCAACAGUUAGCUUCCUCUACCCAUAUCCAGCAGACUGCAGCCAGACACAGCAGAAUGGAAAUGCUGCCAGUGGCAUGUACACCAUUUACCUGAAUGGGGAUGGUAGCAGACCGAUGCAAGUGUACUGUGACAUGACCACUGAUGGAGGUGGAUGGAUAGUAUUUCAGAGGCGGAGCACUGGUGAGCUGGAUUUCUACAAACGCUGGAGGGAUUAUGUGGAAGGCUUUGGAGAUCCAACUGGUGAAUUUUGGCUUGGUCUUGACAAGCUGCACAAUCUCACAAGCAACAGCCCCAUCCAUUACGAGCUCCGGGUGGAUUUGCGGACAGCCAAUGAAUCUGCCUAUGCUGUCUAUGACUUCUUCCAGGUUGCCUCAAGCAGGGAUAGAUACAGGCUGUCGGUGGGGAAUUACAGAGGCAAUGCUGGGGAUGCAAUGACCUACCACAAUGGCUGGAAGUUCACAACGUGGGACAGAGACAAUGAUGUGGCUCUCAGCAAUUGUGCUCUGACACACCGUGGUGCAUGGUGGUACAAGAACUGCCACUUGGCCAACCUUAAUGGGAAAUAUGGGGAGAGCAAGCACAGUGAGGGAGUUAACUGGGAGCCAUGGAAAGGCCAUGAGUUCUCCAUCCCUUUUACUGAGAUGAAGAUUCGUCCUCAGUCUUUCAGUAAUGAGCCAAUCCUGGGAAGGAAGAAGAGGUCUUCAAGAAGAAAAAGGAAGAUGAUCAGGGCUUAAACUGACCUUUGUUGAAGACAAUGCCUGAAGAGGAUGAUUUGGUAUUUCUUAAAGUUAAGAUUUGGACAGCUUUCUCCAAUACAUUGGAGGCAAUCAUUGACCAACCUGUACCCAGAGAUCUCUGGAUCUGCGGCCCCGCCUGCUUCCAGUCUUCGGAGCUCCAGACACUGGGAGGGGGCUGAUGGGGAACAUUCAACUUGUAGCUCCCCUGACUGGUUGAGCUGGACAAGGAUACGCCUAAUUC